UUCAAGUGACACCAUAAGGCAGGCGCUUUGAGAGGGAAUGAAGAGUCCAGCUCUUCGUCAUGACCAUCGCGCGUCCCACGUCACGUUUGCUCUGUGACGUGUCUGCACGCCUGCUCGGCCUUGUGAGCCGGCUGUGAGCGCUGUGCUCCCCUCAAAUCUCUUCUCCGUCGAAGAAAUUCAAAUCCGAAUCCUGCUGCUGCCGCCGCCGCCGCCACCGAGUUUUGCAGACGGGCUGCGGGCGGACACGACGACGACGAUGAUGAUGAUGCGCGCGCUUGGCGUCUUAGUGCUUGCGUUGAGCGUCUGGAAGACGUUUGGUCAAGCGCUGGUGUGCGAAGCCGGAUGGAAGCGCUACGGCCCCAACUGUUACAAGAAAAUAAGCGUCACCAACGGUUGGCUGGGAGCCCACAACAACUGCACCAUGUGGGGCGCCCACCUGACCUCCAUCACCUCCAAGGGAGAGGAAGACUUUGUGAAGACCACAAUGGGCGACGUUCCCUUCUGGAUCGGACUCUCCAAUCUGGAAUGCCACAGCACCUGGUGUCACAUGGCGGUCAAAGGGCCAAGGAAGAAUUACACUUGGUCCGACAACACUGUGGUCAACUACACCAACUGGGCUCCCAAUGAAAAGGAAAGCUCUGAAUUGGAGUCGUGCGCGUACGUCAAUCAAGGCGGUCUCAGCUCCAACGGCUCGUGGAGGUACGCCUCGUGCGAAUCCUCAUUGCCGUUCCUAUGCAAAAAGACGCUGGACGGCUCUAACAAGAUCGACGCCAGUUUGGAUUUCGAGCCCAUGCUGACUACUGUCUGCAGCCCCGGUGACUUGGUCUAUGGCCAAUUUUGUUAUCAUUUUGAGAAGACGCUUAAAACCUGGUGGGGAGCUAGGACCUACUGCAGAGAAUGGGGAGGUGACCUGGCAUACUACCACACGCUGGAAGAGGCCAAAUGGGUGUAUGGUCACACGCGAGUUGUCAAGCAUGUGCCUCAGAAGAAUGCAACAAGAUCUCCCUGGGUGGGCGUUCGUAGGGAAAAGUACACUGCUGAGUAUGUGUUGACUGAUGGCACACGCACUAAUAGGGAACUUGAAGGCAAAAUGGUGUGGUCGAAGAAAAAAGACGAGAAUGUGCACUGCGCUCGGCUGUUAGCUACCGGAGAGCUCUUGGACUACAACUGCGCCAAUUGGGCUCCAGUCGUCUGUAACAAAGCCAAGCUUCGUCAGUCAAGCUGGAAUACCACAUGCGGCUGGAUGUGGGUGCACAACCCGGUCACCGACUUCUGCUACCUAGUAAGAAGCGUCCAGAGAACCUGGAAGGAGGCACGAGAUGACUGCGCCCGCGAUGGAGCCACCCUGCUCACCAUCACCGACGGCUACGAGCAGGCUUUCAUACAUGGUCGCAGCAAGGUUCUGCCGAGCGAUCUGUCUUUUUGGAUGAAUGCCAAUAUGUCCUUUGGUACCAACGGCGCCAAGUGGGCGGAUGGAACCCCUUUCGCUUAUGCCCGAGUGGAUGCAGCUGACCAGAAUAGCCCUGACUGUCUGACAUUUGUCGGGGGCAGCGGCUCCUGGAAAAUGACCGAUUGCUAUGACGAGAGAGGCUACAUCUGCAAGAGAAGAGCAAAUAUGUCACAACCUCUGCUGCUGCCUCACGACGGCUUUGUGAAGCGCGACAUGUGCAUGGACGUUGCCAACCGCAUCACGUGCCCUGAGGGUCAAGUCAUCCGUAUCCAGUCAGUCUUCUACGGACAGAGGAGUGCCCGCGUCUGUGGAAACUACCUGAACGAAAGGUGCGCGGUGGAAGGUGCCCUCCUUUACUACAGGAACCAAUGCAAGAACCAUCGCGAGUGCUUCAUUGAGCCUAUGGCGACCAAGGCCUGCCCUAAUGUCUCCAAACACCUCCAGAUGGUCUACAGCUGUGAACCCCAAGAGUGCCUUCAAAGACGGCCCCACCUGGGGAUUACAGCCUCCUCCUUCCAAAGAAAGUGCAGCCCUCGCGACGCGCUCCUGGACGGGCCGAGCUGCUGGAAGCCAAGCGAAAACCCCAUCGGCAGCUGGAUCGUGAUGAACCUCCAUGGCGUGGUAAAGGUGGCGGCCAUCGUCAUCCAGUCGUGUCCUUCUGUUGCCGUCGCGUCCUGGUCCAAACUUGGGAUGCAACAUAGCAUGGACAAAGUGUUAUGGACUAACCACUCUCAGCAAUUUGUCACUGGCGGGACUCAGCAUUUGGGGACGCCCGUGUUGGCUCGCUUCAUCCGCAUCCUGCCGUUAGAGUACAGCGGUAGCUUUGGCCUCCGCUGUGGUGUCUUAGGAUGCGUGCCUAACAAUCUGAUCAGCUGCGAUGCCACUCCCGAAAGCGUCCGCUUCAACGAUGCUCCAAAGACGGUCUACUGUUCAGCAGGUUGCUCCCAAUCGGGUUACACACCCUUGGAAAAGUUCUCGUACAAAGUGAGUUCCAGCAUCUGCGCCGCCGCUCUUGACGCCGGCGUCAUUCUAAAGGAGAUGGGAGGAGUGUGUACUUUGAUGAGCGCUCUGAAAAAAGUCUUCACCGUCUUUACUCAAAACGGACUCGUCGCACAAGAACAUGACCCCGAAAAGGCUUUCACCUUUGCAGACGGAGAGCUGAGAUGCUCAGGACCCGACUGGGCGGAGUUUGCAGGCUUUUGCUACAAACCUUUUGAGGAGACAAAGACAUGGGCUGAUGCCGAAUCCGCCUGCAAAGGUCUUGGCGCUGAACUCGCGUCCAUCCAUUCCAAGGCCGAGCAGGAGUGGCUGAAAGACGCCUUGUACUUUGCCACCGGCGACAGGUGGACCGGACUGAACGACUUGGCAGUUGGCGGCACCUUCAUGUGGUCGGACCACCGCAAUGUGACAUUUACCGACUGGGGCCCCGGAGAACCCAACUUGAUUGGGUCAAACGAGUGCGUGGCGGGCACUGACCAGACCGGAAGAUGGAAGCGGAUGAUCUGCGAAUCUCGCAAUCCAUUCAUGUGUAAAAUGCCCACAGCCUUUUAUGCACUUGGGAGUCAAGCCGAUCCGCAAAGCAAUCCCAAGUUGUCCGACAGCGUGUUCACCAUGACGCAUUAUGCGCACCAAUACUUCUAUGUCCAGUUUGACAACGGUCUCCGUGCGAACGACAACAUCACAAUCACAGGACGGGUCAGGCGGACGGAUAGAUUUCAAGUCAGCCUGCACAUGGGCUCGACCAAAGUGGCGCUGCAGUUGAAUUUGAGCAUGCAAAAAAAGGCCACGCUGACUCCCACUGAACAAGGCGUCCGUUUCAAGAUUGUCAUCCAGUGCGGCGAGCAGGCUUUCCGCAUGCUCAUCAACGAGGCCCUUCCGCUCAUCCGCCCGUACGAAAUGUACCGCCCCGAUAACAUCACGCAGCUGCACCUGCUUGGUGCCGCCUUGCUGAGGGAUAACCACCUCCAAAUGGAGCUCCAGAUGAAGCCGUUGUGAGCCAAACGGCGUCAAUGCAUGCGCAAAUACUUCUCAAAAGGUAAAUCGGAAGUUGAGUCUGGGAUCAAAGCACAGACGUUAGGAAAUACAACUGAGCCCAGGAAGAGGUUCGACAAGUAAAACGCUCCAAUAUUUCAAAGAGUGCCUUUGAGCCAAGCGUAGGUCAAUGUGCUGAAUGCCAUUGACAAACCAGUACGAGAACCUUCAAAUGAUGGAGCGAGAGAGAGAGCCAAUGAAAGUUGGCCAAACUUUGCAGCAUAACUGCACACUUGGAGCAUAGGAAGGCCAUUAUUUAUUUUCUGAUUAGGAGAAGGUGUAUUUCAUGAAAUCAUCCAUCCAGUUUGACUUGACAAUGUUGACCCAAAAAGGACAUUUAAAAGUACAAAGGACAAUAGAGGUUCAGAAAAGGCUUUUGUAACAAUAUAUUUUCUCCACUUGCCGGAUUAUUUGACAGCAAUUAUGCCAUUUCCAAAAAGUACUAACGUCAUGACCCAAGCGGAAGCUGAACAGUAGAAGCGAGCUCUGCGGCUAAACUCAGAAAUGGCAUUGCCCCCUCUGAGGAAAGAACGAUUUUUUUUAUUUAGCCCGUGAGCUUUAUUUUGUAGCUGCACUCAAUUGUACAGUCAUGUUUUGAAUUAAACGUCGCUAUUUAUUUCUUCCUAUCCAUUUUGAAGGCAUUUUGGAUUAUUGUUGUUGUCGUCGCCUGCAUGCUCAUUUUGAACAUUAUGAAGCCUUAAGCAUUUUGGAUUGUUGCCUGCAUGCUCCUUUUGAACACUAUGUAGCCUUAAGCAUUUUGGAUUCCAAUGUAGUU